GGGCCAACUGUCUUUAUUAUGUCGCUGUUAUAUUAGAUUUAAUAUGCAUUAGCAUUACCAUUGGCCAUAUUUACAAAGCAAUUUGCCACCGUGAUAAAUUACCAUGCUUUUUUCGAACAAUAUUAAAAUAAAUAACGAGCUCCUACAUGCAUUUUAGUAGUGUUUGUUUGCUAGUUCUGUAACACUAAAAGCAUAACAAGCCACCUCUUCCAGGUUAUCACACAAAUAACAUGUACUACAUUUGUAACAGUAGUUUUAGAAUCUCAUUGGCGGUCUUUAGAAUUUAAGCCGAGUGGGAAACGAUAAACAAAGUAUUAUUCCGUAUUGUCCGCUUCAUUCCUGAGAGGAAAGAGUUGUGUUUUGGUCUGCAGCAGGCAUGUGAUGAUGAAGACCCUUCAUUGAAGAUCGCCACAAAGAAGUAGAUCUGAGGGUGUGGAUAUUACAGUAUAACACUUUUUGGUUUGGUCUGUGCAAAAGCUGAAAAAACAGUCCUUUCUGUACGACAAAAGCCAAACUGGGAUGGCCCAGUGCCAUACCGCAUUCUUGCUGAAUAGUGAGGAAAGGUAAAGUCGAAUCAGCAACGAAACGGGACUAAGGGAUCUCAACAGAACGAAUCACGUCCAAGCAAUGACUGGGUUCUACUGACAUAUGUAUUCGCAGAGAGUGAAGUCUGGCAAAGACAAAGUUCCCGAGCGGUCGCCUAUGAUGGAGGGUGGUAUGCAGCUCCUCAACAGGGAUGGUCACAGCAUCUCACACAACUCCAAGCGGCACUACCACGACUCCUUCGUGUCCAUGAAUAGGAUGCGGCAGCGGGGAGUGCUGUGUGACAUCGUGCUGCACGUGGGGGCCAAGGAGAUCAAGGCACACAAGGUGGUGCUAGCGUCUUGUAGCCCUUAUUUCCAUGCAAUGUUUACAAACGAGAUGUCAGAAAGUCGACAGACCCAUGUGACUUUACAUGACAUCGACCCGCAGGCCCUGGAGCAGCUGGUGCAGUAUGCCUACACGGCGGAAAUCGUGGUUGGAGAGGGAAAUGUACAGACUCUUCUACCUGCUGCCAGCCUCCUUCAGCUCAAUGGAGUCCGGGACGCUUGCAGUAAGUUCCUCCUCAGCCAGCUGGACCCUUCUAACUGCCUUGGCAUCCGGAGCUUCGCGGAUACACACUCCUGCAGCGACCUGCUCAAGUCGGCUCACAAGUACGUCCUUCAGCAUUUUGUGGAGGUCUCCAAGACAGAGGAGUUCAUGCUGCUGCCACUUAAACAGGUGCUUGAUCUGAUCUCCAGUGACAACCUGAAUGUCCCUUCGGAGGAGGAAGUGUAUCGGGCUGUGCUCUGCUGGGUUAAACAUGACAUCGACAGCAGAAGGCAGCAUGUACCCCGGCUGAUGAAGUGUGUGCGGCUGCCCUUGCUGACUCGGGACUUCCUUAUGAGCCACGUGGACACAGAGCUCUUGGUGAGGCAUCACUCCGAGUGCAAGGACCUGCUGAUAGAGGCUCUCAAGUACCACCUGAUGCCCGAGCAGAGGGGGGUGCUGAGCAACAGCAGGACCAGGCCGAGGAGGUGUGAAGGAGCCAGCCCUGUGCUGUUCGCUGUCGGGUUGUGCUCUGCAGGUGGGGGCAGCCUGUUUGCCAUUCACGGCGACUGCGAGGCCUAUGACACCAGAACAGACAGAUGGCACAUGGUGGCAUCCAUGUCCACCAGGAGAGCUAGAGUGGGUGUCGCUGCCAUAGGGAACAAGCUGUAUGCUGUGGGAGGAUACGAUGGUACUUCUGACUUGGCUACUGUGGAGUCAUAUGACCCUGUUACCAACUCAUGGCAGCCUGAGGUUUCUAUGGGAACCAGACGCAGCUGCCUGGGUGUAGCAGUGCUACAUGGCCUACUGUAUGCUGCUGGAGGGUAUGAUGGAGCAUCAUGUUUAAACAGUGCAGAGAGAUAUGACCCUCUCACAGGUACCUGGACAUCUAUUGCUGCUAUGAGCACCAGAAGAAGAUACGUCCGGGUGGCAACGUUAGAUGGGAAUCUCUAUGCUGUGGGAGGAUAUGACAGCUCUUCUCACUUAGCAACAGUAGAAAAAUACGAUCCACAGACAAACACAUGGACCUCCAUUGCUAACAUGCUGAGUCGCAGGAGCAGUGCUGGGGUUGCCGUGCUGGAGGGGAUGCUGUACGUAGCUGGAGGGAAUGAUGGGACAAGCUGCCUCAACUCUGUGGAGAGAUACAACCCCAAAACAAACACCUGGGAGAGCGUGGCUCCAAUGAAUAUCAGAAGAAGCACCCAUGAUCUUGUAGCGAUGGACGGAUGGCUCUACGCCGUGGGUGGCAAUGAUGGGAGCUCGAGCCUCAACUCCAUCGAGAAGUACAACCCGCGCACCAACAAGUGGGUCGCUGCCUCCUGCAUGUUCACCCGGAGGAGCAGCGUCGGGGUGGCUGUGCUGGAACUCUUAAACUUCCCCCCUCCAUCCUCUCCCACCCUCUCGGUGUCUUCAACAAGCCUUUGACAAAGAAUGAAGUCUCGCCUUACCUCUGCCGGACUCCAGUGUCUGUCAAAGAGAAGGAACUGCACAGUGUGACCCUGGAAGAAGCCAGGGCCUGCUGUCUGGGUUUACUCACAGCGCUGUUUCAGCAAAAAGAAACUCAAGCGCUCUGCGGGCAACUGGGAAAAAAAAGCUGUCCCUCACACAAACACUGCCACUUGACUGUGGUCAUCAUAUGUAUCAUAAUUACAUGUACUGUAGUCCUGAAUUGCUUAGUUUUAGUCGAAGAGUAAAUGGAUGGUUUACUUAGGGAUGUGCCAGGUUGACUUUUUCUGCCGUGCAUGUGUACUGGAAUUUUGUCUUUCUGGCAGUUGUAAGCGGCAGUACUACUGAGCUCCAGUAGGGGGAGACAUUGCACACUGUGGUUGACUUGUUGUGAAACAGACUUGGUUUUUCAGACGAAGGCCGAUGCUAGUUUCGAAAAAAGAUAACAUUUUCUCAGUUCAGUCACCGAUUAGGGAUAUUAAGGCAUUCGCCAAGCAGCAAAGGGACCGCAGAGACUUCCGUUCGGCUGUUCGACAAAGUUAAUAACAAACUGAUUGAAUGAUUUACCAGGAAGUAAGCGUGCCAACUUCUUUUGCUUCUUUCUUUACAGUCCCAACCAGGAUCCCGCGUAGUUCCUACUUUUAAAAAGAUGUAAACAUCUACCAAAAAUCUAAAUAUAACAAACUGUAUUGAGGGCGGAGACCAAACAUACGGCUGUGUGCUUAACACUAGCACACUCUGGGAUCGUGAGACUUGAGAGGUCUAGAUCCUCUAUAAAUUUUCACCCAUAAUGAAUCUAUUUGCAUACAUCUGAGACAAGGAAUAUGGUGCAGCAGCAAACACUAAACAGUUAUACUCUGUAAAAAAAAAAGUAGAUUAAAGCAAGGUGAUUUGAGACAUAUGUUUUCUUAAGUAUUUUCAUGUAUUUAUUUAAUAAUAUUAUUAGUGUUAACGGGACAAAGUCCUUAAUAAUAAACCACCCCACUGUCAAUGCUGUCCUGGAGAGUGUCCCAUAACCUACAGCUAAAUUCGUUCAUUUGAAAAUGUCCAGUGUCCAUUAGCUUUUAGGAUGUUACUCUUCAAUGCUGAAUGAAACACAGGCACGCAAGUAAAAUACUAAAACGAACACCACCUGUGAUUGAAGAUGUACCGACAGUCUCACCGCUAUCACAGGUUUAGUUUCUUGGUAUAAGGAUAUCGGUGGAAACAUUAAAAUAUAAUCCUGGGCUUCGUCAGAUAACUGAUGAAACUGCUGGACAAUGUUAAGUUUGUGUGCAUCUCUCCCUGUUGCAAAUCCAUACCCAUAACGUGAAUGGUUCAUUUUGACACUUUCACGGAUACAGGCUCACUGAAAGUUUUGUCGUUGUUGUUGUAAUUGUUGGAAGUUGCUUGUUUUCUCCAGAUAUAUGAUUUCUAAGCUGUUGCUGCAGUAGCUCCGCUGUGAGUCCACCCCCUCUUUGGUGGUUUAAUACUGUAAAUGUACGUCUCUGUUGGUGUCUGGUAUCCUCUUGGAUGCAGGGUAAUAACUCUGUUGAGGGUAUUAAAGCUCAAUCAGACUCUCUAGUAUCUCAACAAUAGGUCCAGAUGGGCUCGCGCUUCUUUUAAAAGGAGAAAAACCAAAGCGAAAGGGCCAUGAGGUCAACUAACGUGACAAAAACAACACAAGGGGGUCAACUGCCAGGGUCUGCUGUCUUUAUGCUUCAAGGAGGCCAUGACAGCAGAUUGCACUAUGCGUAUAUAGACCCCUUUGACCUGCAAGGUAUUUAUAUAGUAUGCACUGUGAACGACUUGGUUCACACCCUGUCUGCCUGUGUUUAAUGGACAGGAAUACAAUGCACCCUGGGGUAUUAAUGAAUGUGUUCUCUUGAAAAUGCUAAAUAUUCCCAGUGGAAAGAUAUGAAGCAACACCAAUAGGAUGUUAACCCACUUGUUUGAAUGUUAUGCAACUACCGAAGGGCCACAGCAUGUGAAGUAUCGUGCAGGUGAGAAACGAAAGAAACAAAGUGAGAAUUUCCCAGUCCUGAAACCGUUCUCCUCUGUAAGUGAGUAUGAAGCAAUGUAUCAUAAUAACAGUGUUCACUUCGGAGUUUCUGGAACCACACUAUACUGUAAGAAUAUGACUGUAAAGUCCAAGGUUUAGUGAUUCAAAACAGUAUUUCAGAUAAGACAUUCCAGGCAUCAACAGAUAUCCACCAUGACUUUGUUCAUGUUUUUACAGUGCUUAUAGCAGAUAUUUCAAAUGUAUGUAACUUGGGUUCAUUAGGACUGUAAACAUCUAAGAAGUUGCGUUUUGCUUUGUUUCAGUAUUUCUCUUUCCCUUAUACUACUUACAAGGUGAAGAAAGCAUUGGCCACAAAAUGCUCAGACAUGCCCAGGACUGGUAUUAGAUUAUUUUUUUAAUGUAUUACUAAGUUUGAGCACUAAGUGGAACUGUCAGUUUUUUUAUUAUUCAGGUUCAUAUUGCAUCUUGGAAGAAUGAAGUGCAAAGACAUUUUAUUUGUGAAAAAAACAGCUGAGGAGAAGUUUGCUUGAUAUGGAUGUAAAUGUAACUUCUUAAGUUUAUAUUUUGUUUCCUGUUAUUACAUGUGAACUGUAAUGUUUAUUUAUAUGUAAGUUAUGUUGAACAUAUUUAUGUGAAAUCCUUUCAUGAUUUUUGCAGUACAGUUAAGAAAAGCAAUACACUCUGAUGUGUAAAAUAAAACAUGUUUUUUUUUUCAUG